CUCGCACACACACUCUACAGCGCAGCCAUGGUCGCAGGCGUACAGAUUCACUCCAAGGUCGCCCCUGAGGCGCAGGAACAAAUCCUGACGGAGGGCGCACUUGAGUUCCUCGCGAGACUGCACAGGACGUUCGAGCCUACGAGGCAGGCUCUUCUGGCUGCGCGUGAGGAUGCGCAACGGCGGCUGGACUCUGGUGUUCCACUCGACUUCCCUCCCGAGACCGCGCACAUUCGCGCUGACCCGAGCUGGAUCUGCGCACCGCCCGCGCCAGGACUGGAGGACAGACGGGUGGAGAUUACGGGGCCUACGGAGCGGAAGAUGGUGAUUAAUGCGUUGAACAGUGGUGCCAAGACGUUCAUGGCGGAUUUCGAAGAUGCGACUUCACCCACCUUCGCGAACAUGAUCACCGGCCAGGUCAACCUUCGUGACGCCAUCCGUCGUCAGAUUGACUUCGAGACCGGAGGCAAGAAGUACAAGUUGUCCGACAAGCCUGCGGUGCUGAUCGUGAGGCCUCGAGGAUGGCAUUUGGACGAACCUCGUGUCACCAUCGACAACACCCCCGUCUCCGGCUCCAUCUUCGACUUCGCCCUCUACUUCUACCACAACGCCAAGGAGCUCGUUGCCCGUGGUUCUGGUCCAUAUUUCUACCUCCCGAAAAUGGAGCACUACAAGGAAGCGCGUCUAUGGAACGACAUCUUCCUGUUCUCGCAGUCUUAUAUCGGCAUGCCGCACAACACGAUCAGAGCAACUGUCUUGAUCGAGACUCUCCCCGCUGCCUUCCAGAUGGAGGAGAUCUUGUUCGAGCUGAGGAACCACUCGUCUGGCUUGAACUGCGGACGAUGGGACUACAUCUUCAGCUUCAUCAAGAGGCGUCGCGCCGACAGGACAGCGAUCCUGCCAGACCGGAAGGAUGUUACGAUGACGUCACCGUUCAUGGAUGCUUACGUUCGCCUGCUGAUCAAGACUUGCCAUAAGCGUAAAGUGGCGGCUAUGGGUGGAAUGGCUGCGCAGAUUCCGAUCAAGAACGACGUUCAGGCCAAUGAGGUCGCGAUGGAGAAGGUCCGACAGGACAAGUUGCGCGAGGUCACCUACGGCCAUGACGGUACUUGGAUUGCCCAUCCUCUCAUCAACCAGAUUGCCCGUGACGUCUUCGACCAGCACAUGCUCGGACCCAACCAGUACCAUGUCUUGCGUGAAGAGUGGUCUGUGUCCGCCAAGGAUCUCCUCAACUCGCAGAUCCAGGGCAAGGUUACUGUGGAGGGCGUCCGUUCCAACAUCGCCACUUCCCUCGCCUAUAGCACUGCAUGGAUUGCGGGCAACGGCUGCGUGCCCCUGAACUUCCUUAUGGAGGACGCCGCCACGGCUGAAAUCACCCGGGUGCAGCUUUGGCAGUGGGUGCACUACGGCGUCCGUCUCGAGACCGGCGAGCCCAUUACGCCGGAGUACAUCGACAAGCUCGUCUCAGAGCUCGGCCCCGAGGUCAAGAAGCUCGUGCCCGGCAUCAAGGACGACCAGCUCAGCUUGACGUCCGAGUAUCUGAAGGCGCAGGUCAGGAAGCCCUGGCCGAGCGAGUUCUUAACGAGUGAUCUCAUGCCGUACCUGGCGGCGCAAGACGGUGUUGACGCGAAGUGGCACAAGAGCUCUCUUUGAACGCGUUUGUUUCUCGAUACCUCGUAGCAUGUACUGCAACCUGUAUUAUUCCCAUUAGUUGUCCACAUUAAUGUACUAGUAGCACUUUCCAGGGAACCUCCUUUAUGUAUUGAAUGUCAUUUGCUUCAUCGCA